AUGCACAGCAGUAACGAACUUCAAGUGAUGCACAGCAGUAACGAACUUUUGGUAAUGCACAGCAGUAACGAACUUUCGGUGAUGCACAGCAGUAACGAACUUUCGGUGAUGCACAGCAGUAACGAACUUUCGGUGAUGCACAGCAGUAACGGACUUUCGGUGAUGCACAGCAGUAACGAACUUUUGGUGAUGCACAGCAGUAACGAACUUCAAGUGAUGCACAACAGUAACGAACAUUCGGUGAUGCACAACAGUAACAAACAUUCGGUGAUGCACAGCAGUAACGAACUUCAAGUGAUGCACAACAGUAACGAACAUUCGGUGAUGCACAGCAGUAACGAACUUUUGGUGAUGCACAGCAGUAACGAACUUCAAGUGAUGCACAACAGUAACGAACAUUCGGUGAUGCACAGCAGUAACGAACUUUCGGUGAUGCACAGCAGUAACGAACUUCAAGUGAUGCACAACAGUAACGAACAUUCGAUGAUGCACAGCAGUAACGAACUUUCGGUGAUGCACAGCAGUAACGAGCUUUCGGUGAUGCACAACAAUAACGAACAUUCGGUGAUGCACAGCAGUAACGAACUUCAAGUGAUGCACAACAGUAACGAACUUUCGGUGAUGCACAGCAGUAACGAAUUUUCGGUGAUGCACAACAAUAACGUUCUUUCAGUGAUGCACAGCAGUAACGAACUUCAAGUGAUGCACAACAGUAGCGAACUUUCAGUGAUACACAGCAGGCGCCAUAGAUCCACAGUAAUUUAG